AUGGACACGUGGAUGUUACCCUGGAUAAGCCUGUUCCAUCCUGAAAUGGCUCGCAUUGCCUUCGAGUACCGAGAUGCUACCCUCUUCUGCGCAGAGGCCAGAGCAGCCACGGAGGGCCUUCGGGGUGCCAGGUAUCCUUGGGAGAGCGCGCGAACAGGAUUCGAAACCAGCCCAUGGGAUCUCUCCGCCAAUAAGGAAAUUCAUGUUGUCGCUGACAUUUCUCUGGCCCUCCAACAGUGGUUGCUUUGUGGCGCUGGCGGCAAAGCCCUGGCUGCCUACUAUGGCUUCGGUCGAAGAAUUCUGGACUCGAUUGGCCGCUUCUGGACGUCGCGAUUAGCCUACUCUGAGGAAAAGGAGUCCUACGUUAUAGAAGACGUGAUGCCGCCCGACGAGUACGUCCAAACGUGCAACAACUCGGCUUACACAAACGCGAUUGUCUCGAUCGCCCUCUCCGGACCGGCCAAGCUUGCACGUCUGUUCGGGGAAACCGUGUCUCCCGAAGAGGACCUGUGGGAGCAAUUAUCCAGUCAAAUUUGGAUGCCUCUCGAUCAGGAAAAUCAGGUCAUGCUCGAGCAUGAAGGUUACAAACACGGUACGUAG